ACGACUUUACGAGAUGUGUUCGUGUGCGRUCGCGUACCUACUUCAUAUUAGUACUUAAUCGUUUAGUCGUUACGAUAAUUUGAAUAAACUUUGAUCUCCGAGUUUAAAAAAAAAAAGACGGUAAUUAUUACCGAUCACCUACAUUAUCUAUCGUUCUGUGUACAUAUAUUAUAUAAUAUGUAUUUAUUUAUAUUAUUCCAAAUGCCCGGGACUCGAUAUUUCACAGAAAUCGUAUUCGUACGGGGACUAAAUCUGGUUUGAAACAAGUGAAAAAACAAUUGGCAUUAAUUUAAUUAACCCUCAACUAUGAUGGCAACUACCAUAAUGAACGACGAAUGGAGAACUUUGUAUCUGGCCCGAGCGCUGUAUGAUGCUGUUGAGGAUUGUAAUAUUCAGCAAGUUAAUACUUUGUUAUCUCAGAAUAAAGCCAAUCCCAAUGUACUCAUACCAGAAGAAGGGAUGACAGCAUUUCAUUUAGCUGCAGGGCAUGAAAACUUGGCAUUUGGAAAAGUAGCGACUUCAUUAUUUUUACAUAAUGGUGGAGAUCCUAAUGUGCUUUGUGAAGGAAGUCGCACUGUUCUACAUAUCGCUGUUGCUUGGAAUCGUUCUCAGGUUGUUGGAAUUUUGCUCAAAAGUCCUUUUAUUAUACCCAAUCCAUACUUAAAAGAUGAAGAUAAUCUCAAUGUAUUUAAUUAUGCUGUGAAAUUUAGUGCUUGGGAAUCACUUGCAACUCUUCAAUCUUACAUGAAACAUUCAAACUAUACAAGUAAUUUAAAAAAACAAGUCUCUAAUGCAAUGCAAUCAAAAGAUAUUAAAGAGAAAUAUGAAAAUUCUAUAAAAGCACAGAAUAUUGAAAUAUCAAUUGGUGCUGAAUCAACAAUUGAUAAAUCUGAUAGAUUACAUACAAGCAGUGGAUAUCUUAAUAGCGGUGAAAGUUUAAACAGCAUUUCUAAGUCAGUGACAUUUGAUUCAGUUAGUCAAAAAAACAAUAACAUCGAUGAAUGCAUAAUAUUAUCUUCAACAGCUUACUCUACUGGUGAUAUUUUAAAUACAAAUAGUUCAUCAGACUGUCAUUGUAACCUACUCAUUAAAGAUAUUCCAUCAAAACUUUAUUAUGAUGGAUCUAUAUUGAGUUCAAUCAAAUKCGUAACAGACGAAUUUGAAAGUAUAGAAAAUAUAAGCUUUCCAUCUAAUAAUUUAGUGUCUGAUUCUGAGUUAUUUGAACUCGACGAGAUUGAAUUGGGAACAAAAAAUAUUUUUAAAGAGAUAGAAAAUAUAUCUUUAAGUGAUACUGACUUGAUGUCAGAUAUAUCUGGAUUAUCUAGUUGUUUGAGUUCUGAUGAUUUUCUUACAUGUCCAGACACAAAUUCUGAACAACAAAUUUUAAAUAGUGAUUCUUAUAAGACUGACACUGAAUUGGAAGAUAUUACAAAAAGUGUAUCAAUGACAAGUAUUUAUGACUCAAUGAGCAAUUCAAUUUCCAGAACAUCAGUUGCUAUAAAUAAUCUAGAAGUUUCCAAUAUUAUUAAUUCUCUAGAUGAUAGCAGUAGUAAUUUAACUGAAAUUUCAAAAGAUUAUGAUACAGAUUAUGUUCGUCAAAGUCUCAGGGAGUUUGGCCAUCCUCCAGGACCACUAGUACCCAGCACAAAACAAGUUUAUGUACGAAAACUUAAUCGAUUGUUACAUAAGCAAACAGAACUGAGUCAUGAUGAUAAGCGUAUUAAAAAUUCAUCUGGUCCAUAUAGUAUCCAGUUAACUAAAGUUCUAGUUGAAGAUAAAUAUGAUUCGUGGAAGAAAACUUUAAAAAGUUGGAGUUAUCUAGAGGAAGCUAUUGUUUGCAUCAAGAGUGGUCCAUCAUUUACUUAUUUAUUAUUAGAUCCACGUAUUACAAACAAUUUACCCGCUCGAGCUGAUCAUAUGAACAAUCCCAUUGAAAUAUGGCAAACAUUUGUUAGCUCAAUAUUUUACAUUGGUAAAGGCACCAAAUCUAGACCCAAUGAUCAUAUGAGUGAAGCAUUUCAGUCUUGGGUCGGAAACAGAAAUAAAGAUAAAAGUCGCAAAACGGAAUAUAUUUUGAGCUUAUGGAAGGAAAAAUUAGGAGUGGUUUGUGUACAAGCAUUCCAUCAUUUAGAGAUAAAAGAAGCACAUAUUCGAGAGGCUGCUAUGAUUGAUGCUAUUGGAUUGGACAAACUUACAAAUGAGAAGCGUGGUACAUACUAUGAUAACACAACACGUUGGUUGAAUAGUGAUCGAUGUAAAUUAGGCUGCCAUCUUUUGUACCGUGCUAUGCUUGUAUUUUUAGCUGAUGGUGAGCGUCAAUUACGACCAGUUGACUUGACUUAACUAUUKACAUUCUAUUUUUACAAUAAUAUAUUUUCAAAAUUUUUCUCAAAUAAUGAAUAUGAUAUAAGAUCUAGUAUUCCCCUUAAAAUUAGUUUUAUAGAAAUAUAUAUUUCUGAUUCUUGAUGUAUUUAAUUCGUGUAUUUUUGUACCAUGAUAAGAUUUUAGCAAUAAUAUUUUAUAUUUUAUUAAAUUAACAAUUGAU